AUCGUUUCAGGCAGAUUGCGCAAACACUUAUUUAGUAGUAUGUAAGGAAACUGCUUGAGAGUUUUUUGUGAAAACUUCUAGAAACAUGGGCGUGGUGAAGUCGUGCGUGUUUAUCUUUAUAAUUUUAGUGGAAUUACAACAUAUUGUUGCACAACCUAUUUUCGAGUCUCUGCUCUGCGACUUUCUCUGUGAUGAUGACUCGUCAGAUUACGACUUCUGCGAUGGUUGCUCAUCCGACAGCUCAAGCAAACAGUCACAAACUACAUCUACUUCGAUGGCACCUGAUCAAGAAAUCAACAUAAAGAUUCCGGCGUCCCAAGGCACAGUUUUGGAUAUAAUCAACAAGAAUGGAGCAUUUUCCGUGAAGGUUGAUGCCCAAGGGAGCGGGUCAGGCGCCGCACCGGCAGAAUCUUCCACGGCUGCUGCAACCACCGCUGCGGGUGGGUCAACCACAGCAGCCGCAACAACUGCUAAGAAAUAACCUUUAAUAAUAUAUACUAUAAUUUACUGUGUUU